CUGUCAAAAUGCGAUAAUGGGGAAGUCUGGUUUAUUAAUUGUGUUAAUUUUACACAUUUUUAACUUAAAAGUUAUGGAUUAGCAACCAAAAUAUGGGUGCAAAUAUUUCCCAACUAGAACGAGAUAUUGGAUCAGAACAGUUUCCCUGCAACGAGCACUAUUUUGGUUUAGUUAACUUUGGUAAUACGUGUUAUAGUAACUCAGUGCUUCAAGCUUUGUACUUUUGUAAGCCAUUUAGGGAUAAAGUUUUAGAGUAUAAAGCGAAGAAUAAAAGGACGAAAGAAACGUUGCUUACAUGCCUUGCAGAUUUGUUUCACAGCAUUGCGACGCAGAAAAAGAAAGUAGGUUCUAUCGCACCAAAAAAAUUUAUAGCAAGGCUACGAAAAGAAAAAGAGGAGUUUGACAAUUACAUGCAACAGGAUGCACACGAAUUCUUGAACUUCCUCAUAAAUCAUAUUAGUGAAAUAAUUCUGGCUGAAAGGCAACAGAAUUCAACAACAAAUAAUGUAAAAUCAAAAGCGGCAGGUGAAAAUGGUACUACCCAUGUUUCUCCUGAACCAACGUGGGUACAUGAAAUAUUUCAGGGUAUAUUAACAAGUGAAACUCGGUGUUUAAAUUGUGAGAAUGUGAGCAGUAAAGACGAGGACUUUUUUGAUUUACAAGUAGACAUCGAACAAAACACCAGUAUAACUCACUGUCUGAGGUGUUUUAGUAACACGGAAACCUUAUGUAGCGAUAACAAAUUCAAAUGUGAUAACUGCAGUAGUUACCAAGAGGCGCAGAAACGUAUGCGCGUUAAGAAACUGCCCAUGAUCCUAGCGUUACACCUCAAGCGGUUCAAGUACAUGGAACAGUACAACAGGCAUAUAAAGGUUUCGCAUCGGGUGGUGUUCCCACUGGAACUACGGCUAUUUAAUACCUCUGAUGACGCAGUUAAUCCUGACAGGUUGUAUGACCUCGUUGCCGUUGUGAUACACUGUGGAAGUGGACCUAAUAGAGGACAUUAUAUCAGUAUUGUUAAGAGUCAUGGGUUCUGGCUGCUAUUCGAUGACGAUCAAGUUGAUAAAAUAGAUGCUUCUACGAUAGAAGACUUCUAUGGCCUGACUGCAGAUACACAGAAAUCCUCUGAAACUGGUUAUAUACUUUUUUACCAGAGUCGAGAAAGCUUAUGAGCUCCUCUACGUCUUGCCUUAAAAAGGUGAGGGAUCCUGUCCAAGUACAAAUGACCCUCCCUCUGUGUAUCCUAUAUUACUUUUCGAGACAGUGAGUAAGUACCGUACCGAAGCAAAUUGUACAUAAAUGGCAAAAAAUAAAUCGGGAAAUUAUUUAUUGUA